CUCCCCGCUGGAAAGGGCAGUUCCAGUCUAGCGCUGACGUCACCCCGUCUGUCUGCUUCAGCCUCCUUGCUCUCGCGUAUGAAACUGAAUCUCCUUGGACUUGAAUGAGGAGCAAAGCAGCGCGGGGAGGGGAGGGGGGAAGUUACUAAGAUCUUGCCUGGGCAGGCGAGAGAGAGAGAGGGAGACGGAAACAAAGUAGGGACGUCUCUUCCAAACCCAGCUCUGUGCGAACUUCUAGAUCUGGAGGGGGGAAUGGGAGGGGGGGAGGAAGGAGCAGAUCUGAAGAGCUGAGAGUCCUUUUCUUGUGUUUCUUACUCUCUUUUUUUGCAAUUUUUUUUAGGAGGGAGGGUGCUUUUUAAUUUUUAAGAGUUUUUUUUUUAAUUUUUAAGUUCCUGCCCCCCCCCCCCCCUUUCCUUCUCCUUCCUACACCGUAGCCCGCUCUAAGGAGAACCCCGUCUUUCUGUUAUGCUGCCCGGAGACCUUUUGGGGUCUUCCCGUCCCUUUGUUUCUUCUGCUUUUUUUUAAAUGUAUAACUUGAUGGGUCUCAACGGCACCGCCGGAGUCAUCCAGCCGAAUGUCUCCUGUACAUGCAACUGCAAACGGUCUUUGUUUCAGAGUAUGGAGAUCACCGAGUUGGAGUUUGUACAGAUAAUCAUAAUCGUGGUGGUGAUGAUGGUGAUGGUGGUGGUCAUCACGUGUCUGCUGAACCACUACAAGCUCUCUGCACGGUCCUUCAUCAAUCGGCACAGCCAAGGGCGGAGGAGAGAGGAGAACCUGUCAUCAGAAGGAAGCUUGUGGCCUUCAGAAAGCACAGUGUCAGGAAAUGGUGUAACAGAGCAGGUCUACACACCAAGACCAACAGACAGGCUAGCAGUUCCAUCCUUCUUGCAGAGGGACCGUUUCAACAGAUUCCAGCCAACCUACCCUUAUAUGCAGCACGAAAUCGACCUGCCGCCCACUAUCUCUCUCUCGGAUGGGGAAGAGCCCCCUCCUUACCAGGGGCCCUGCACGCUGCAGCUCCGGGAUCCGGAGCAGCAGAUGGAACUCAACAGGGAGUCGGUCCGAGCGCCUCCCAACCGAACCAUCUUCGACAGUGACCUGAUAGAUAAUUCAGUGUUUGGGGGGCCUUGCCCUCCCAGCAGCAAUUCGGGCAUCAGCGCAACCUGUUACGGGAGCAACGGCAGGAUGGAAGGCCCGCCCCCCACGUACAGUGAGGUCAUAGGUCAUUUCCCUGGCUCAACGUUUUACCAGCACCAGCAGAAUAACAGCGGGAUGCCUUCGAUACUGGAGGGCGGCCGGCUCCACCCUUCAUCUCAAAUCAGUAGCCUCGAGAGCACAACAGGAUGGAACAAAGAGAAACAAAAAGGCCACCCCUUUUAAAAAGAAACAAAAAAAGAAACAAAAAACACUCUGCACUUCUUGUUGACUGGAGGGGGGAACGAUAUUGAGAGAUGGGGAAACGGGCGCACAGAACAAAAACGCCCUUCUCUGCUCUUGUGUAGUAUAAAUAUUUACAUGUUAUGUUUGGUCUGAAUGCACAAACGCCAACAAAGCUUGCAAAAAAACAAAAAAAACAUUUCUUUGUUGAGCUCUGUCUAGAAUUUUUUUUAUUUUUUUUUAAAUGAAAUCUACAGCGGUCCUCUUAUUUUUUUCCCCCCCCUUCCUUGCUCCCUUCAUUUUGUUUCUAGUUGAGCUGCGUGUGCGAAUGCUACAUUUUUUUGUUUAUUUCACUUAACUUUAAAGAUGAAAAAUAUUUGCACAAAAAACACAUUUGUUUAAAGAUCUGCAAUAUAUAUAUAUAUAUAAAUAUAUAUUAAAAAUAAGAGAAACUGUAUGUGUGUUUGGGGAAGCUGGAGUAUUUUUAUAUUAGAAGAGGCCUAUUGAGAAAAAAGGGGGGGAUUUUGAUUUUUUUUCUCUCUGAACUAGAAUUGAAAUAUGGCAAAUUUUUGAGGGCCAGCUCAAAAAAAAAGCAUGUAUUACAUUGUAAAAAAAAGAAGAAGAAACAAAAGAAACAAAAAAAUUAAAAAACAAAAGCAGGGGUUUAGAGUUAUUUAUAUAAAUGUUGAAAUUUUGCACUAUUUUUUAAUAUAAAUGUGUCAGUGCUUGUGUUGGUCAAAUGCCUCUAUCAUGUCUAAACAGAAAUGUUAAGGGAAAUACGUCAACGUGAAGAUUAAAGAAGUCAUAGGGGGAGGAGAAAGCCCGGAAGACUGAACCAAACCAGUAGGUUACAUCACGGAAGGACUGCAUCUUAUGUCAAUGUUUUUACUUUCCAUAGUCACAUGAUCAAGUCCCGAAUCUGAGCUGGUUCCGUGGUGAAUGCAGCAUGGUUGCACUUGGGACAGAUGACCCGAGUCUGAAAUAGACACUCAUUGCUUCAGUUGCCAAGAGCUUGUGCAUAUGUAAAUUGCCAUUUCUCCCCUCCCCUUAUUGGCUCCCGCCUCUUUUUCUGUGUAUUCUUAAAGGAGAAAGUCUAUUUAUACAUGCAUGCACCUUUCAAAAUUGACCCGGUUUGGGUGCAUACAAAUUUGGAGGGGGGAGGUAUUGCCACAUCUCUUCCCCGGAACACAUAGUAAACACCCUGCUAUUUUGCAUUGCCUACAGAAUCAGAAUUUUGACUCCCCUCCCCCCAGUUUUUUAGCAUGUAUUUGUAUCUUACGAUUAUUGGAAGCAUGGUUAAAAGGUUGGAUUUUUUUUUUAGAAAAAGAAAAUAUACCUUGCAACUUGACCCUGUGACCUUUACAUUCAUGAGCUACAGUUGCCUAGUUCUGUGGUUUCAGGAGCCCUAAUGGAGCUGCACCUAAGCAAGGAUUUCUUCUCUCCCUUCAGGUGCUGGGGAUGGUUUUGCGUACAGACCCUCCUAGUGCAUGGAGGACUUUGCUCAGCCUGGAAACAGACGGGGAAAUCCCUGCUUUGCACAAGAGGUUUUUGUGUGCAGCUAAACCCUGAAAACACAGGAAUCAUGUUCUUUUGCAGAAUCCCUAGCCCCUUAGAGGGCAAUUGAAUGACCCCUUUCUACUGCUACUCUCCAGCUAAUUUCAUGGGGCCCAUAAAAGUAUAAGUAGCCAUUAAGAUGCCCUCUUUUAAUGACUGAGUGAUUGCUUCUAAUUGUCUUUUUAAUAUCAGGCUAAUCUGGUUCUCUUCAUCAAUUAAGAUUAUU